GGUCAGGUGACCGCGCGCGGUCACGUGACCCGGCCCGAGUGCGGGCGGUGGAAGGCGGAAGUGGGAGCGGAGUUGGGCGCCGCUUCUGUGGCCGCGGCAGUUUUCUGGUGAUGACAUGGCAUCUGCCAGUUCCAGCCGCACAGGAGUGGCUCUGCCUUUUGAGAAGUCUCAACUUACUCUGAAAGUGGUGUCAGCAAAGCCCAAGGUGCAUAAUCGUCAACCUCGAAUUAACUCAUUUGUGGAGGUGGCAGUGGAUGGACUCCCCAGUGAGACCAAGAAGACUGGGAAGCGAAUUGGGAGCUCGGAGCUUCUCUGGAAUGAGAUCAUCAUUUUGAAUGUCACGGCCCAGAGUCAUUUAGAUUUGAAGGUUUGGAGCUGCCAUACUUUGAGAAAUGAGCUGCUAGGCACCGCCUCUGUCAACCUCUCCAAUGUCCUGAAGAACAAUGGGGGCAAAAUGGAGAACACGCAGCUGACCCUGAACCUGCAGACGGAGAACAAAGGCGGUGUUGUCUCGGGCGGUGAGCUGACAAUUUUCCUGGACGGGCCAACUGUUGAUCUGGGAAGCGUGCCUAAUGGCAGUGCCGUGACAGACGGAUCCCAGCCACCUUCAAGAGAAUCCAGCGGGACAGCUGUCGCUCCAGACAACCGGCACCAGCCCCCCAGCACAAACUGCUUUGGUGGGAGAUCUCGGACGCACAGACAUUCAGGUGGUUCAGCCAGAACAACCACAGCAACCGGCGAGCAAAGCCCCGGUACUAGCAACCGGCACCGCCAGCCCGUCAAGAACCCAACCCACAAUGGCUUGGCCAAUGGCACAGUGAAUGAUGAACCCGCUGCAGCCACUGAUCCCGAAGAGUCCUCUGUUGUUGGUGUGGCACCCUCGCCUGCUGCGGUGUCGAGUGUGACCCCGAACCCCACUGCAGUGUCUCUCCCUGUUCCAGCCACACCGGCGGAAGGCGAGGAGCCCAGCACUUCAGGCACACAGCAGCUCCCGGCGUCUGCUCAGGCCCUCGAUGCUCUGCCUGCUGGAUGGGAACAACGAGAGCUGCCUAAUGGGCGUGUGUAUUAUGUUGACCAUAAUACCAAGACCACCACCUGGGAGCGGCCUCUUCCUCCAGGCUGGGAAAAACGCACAGACCCCCGAGGCAGGUUUUACUAUGUGGAUCACAACACGCGGACCACCACCUGGCAGCGCCCCACAGCUGAGUACGUGCGGAACUACGAGCAGUGGCAGUCACAGCGGAAUCAGCUUCAGGGCGCCAUGCAGCACUUCAGCCAAAGAUUCCUCUACCAGUCUUCAAGUGCUUCGACUGACCAUGACCCACUGGGCCCCCUCCCUCCUGGCUGGGAGAAGAGACAGGACAACGGACGGGUGUAUUACGUGAACCAUAACACACGCACCACGCAGUGGGAGGACCCUCGGACCCAGGGGAUGAUCCAGGAACCAGCUCUGCCCCCAGGGUGGGAGAUGAAGUACACCAGUGAAGGGGUACGCUAUUUUGUGGACCACAAUACACGCACCACCACCUUUAAGGAUCCUCGCCCAGGGUUUGAGUCUGGGACGAAGCAGGGUUCCCCUGGUGCCUACGACCGAAGUUUUCGGUGGAAGUAUCACCAGUUCCGGUUCCUCUGCCACUCGAAUGCCCUCCCCAGCCAUGUGAAGAUCAGCGUUUCCAGGCAGACGCUUUUUGAGGAUUCUUUCCAGCAGAUCAUGAACAUGAAGCCGUAUGACCUGCGCCGCCGGCUCUACAUCAUCAUGCGCGGCGAGGAGGGCCUGGACUACGGAGGCAUUGCCAGGGAGUGGUUUUUCCUCCUGUCUCAUGAGGUGCUCAACCCCAUGUAUUGUUUAUUUGAAUACGCCGGGAAGAACAAUUACUGCCUGCAGAUCAACCCUGCCUCUUCCAUCAACCCCGACCACCUCACCUAUUUCCGCUUUAUUGGCAGAUUCAUCGCUAUGGCUCUGUAUCAUGGGAAGUUCAUUGACACAGGCUUCACCCUCCCUUUCUAUAAGCGGAUGCUCAACAAGAGACCAACCCUGAAAGACCUGGAAUCUAUUGACCCUGAAUUCUACAACUCUAUCGUCUGGAUCAAAGAGAACAACCUGGAAGAGUGUGGUCUAGAGCUGUACUUCAUCCAGGACAUGGAGAUCCUGGGCAAGGUGACAACCCAUGAGCUAAAGGAAGGUGGUGAGAGCAUCCGAGUGACAGAGGAGAACAAGGAAGAGUACAUCAUGCUCCUAACCGACUGGCGUUUCACCCGGGGCGUGGAAGAGCAGACCAAAGCCUUCCUGGAUGGCUUCAAUGAGGUGGCCCCCCUGGAGUGGCUGCGCUACUUUGAUGAGAAAGAGCUGGAGCUGAUGCUGUGUGGCAUGCAGGAGAUAGACAUGAGCGACUGGCAGAAGAACACCAUCUACCGGCACUACACCAAGAACAGCAAGCAGAUCCAGUGGUUCUGGCAGGUGGUGAAGGAGAUGGACAAUGAGAAGAGGAUCCGCCUGCUGCAGUUCGUCACCGGGACUUGCCGCCUGCCUGUUGGAGGAUUUGCCGAACUCAUUGGUAGCAAUGGACCGCAGAAGUUUUGUGUCGACAAGGUUGGCAAGGAAACCUGGCUGCCCAGAAGCCACACGUGUUUCAACCGUCUGGAUCUCCCCCCAUACAAGAGCUAUGAACAGCUGAAAGAGAAGCUGCUGUAUGCCAUCGAGGAGACUGAAGGCUUUGGACAGGAGUGACCGAGGCCACCCCCUCCCACGACCCCCAGCGCACACAUAGUCCCGAGUUCUUCCUGCCCAAGAGGCCAGAGGCCACGCAGCACUCGGGAGGCCCCCCCAAGCAGUGGCCGUGCGUGGGACCACACUGUCAUCAGGCUGGUGGUGGCAGAGUCUGACCUCUGGAGGCCCUGCCUGUCUCCCUCCCUUCCCUCCUACCCACUGGUGGCAGUCUGGAAUAAAGCCCCCAUGUCACCUUGGCCCCGUCACCCGUUUCAGAGUCUGGAGGCCUGACCCUCUCUGUAAGCUCUCCCUCCUUUUCCCCGAAGACCAGCCGUAGGUAUGCAUGAGCGUGCAGGGAGGGUGCCUUCUGCUGAAGAGCUAUGGCGGAAGCCCUGGGUCCGACGGGCCAGUCAGGCGAGAAGGAGACCGGCCACUCGCUUGGGGUAGCUGUUCUGGGCCGACAAGGCCCAGAGUCUUUGCCAGUAAAAGAGGUUCUGUUUUAAAUAGAACUUUCCCAGUGAUCUGUGUAAGAUGGAGGUCUGAGCGAGAGGAACUCCUCCCACACCCGGAGAGAGCUGGGCCUGCCGCCUCCUCUCCCUGCAGGCUCCCGUCACCGAGGCUGAGCAGCAAGGCCCGCCUCUGCACUCAGUGCUGGCCAGUUUGUUCUUUCCCGCAAACAAAGGGUGGUACCAGCUGCUUGGGUGUCAGUGGGGUGGAAACCACAGACUCCCUCAGACUUUCUUCUCCCUUUGACAUCCACUUGAAGCGUUUUGUGUGCAGGAUUGCUCUGUGUUUCGAUGUUGGUGUGCUGCUGGCGCUUUCUGUCAAGGAGCUGGGACGCCAGGUGUUGCUGGGACCUUGAGGGAUCCGGCACCACUGGUCCAGGGAUUCCCCAAACUCGUCUUAGGAACCCGCUUAGCAGUUCUGUGAGCUCAGGCAGGCCUGACCCGGUGACUCCGCUUCCGCGCGGCCUAGUCCCCAAGCCUUGACAGAGAGGCGGAGGGGGCGAUGUCCUGAGUGUCACCCAACCUUGCCACCUUUGACAGAGAACUCCCUUUGCUAGAUGUAGUUGUCCAGGCAGCCCCAAGUGCUGGAGCACGUGGGCAUGGGUGACCCUGUUGUCCCCCGCCAGCCCCUGAGGCUACAGGCUGGUCCAUUAGUCUCCCAUUGAGAAUGCAGUGUGUCCCAGCCACCCUAGAGCGUGUUCAUUCUGCCUAGAAGUGAGGCUUUAUCCGCACGUGGAAAACGAUGCUCUUGGAGACCAGUGGAAGGGCUUUGAGCUGCUGCACACUGUCUGACUUGGUUUCCGGAGCUCCCGCCAGCCUCUGACAUGCGCAUUCCGCCACGUGUGGAGACCCGCAAGGCGUACCUGCUCCUCUGGGAUGCUGGUGGUUGUCGUGAGCUCCCUGGUGCGGGCCCCUGGGGCUCUAGCACUGAGCACCAGCUGUAGACUAGCUUGACCUUCCUGGGACCCCAGGCAGAUCCACUGAUCAGUCACGGGGCCUCCUGGGGACAGCCUCACACCCCCAGGUCCUUUUCCUUCCCCCUGGCCUGCGGAGGGACGGCCCGUGUCCACUGUGUUGUGUGUGCUGAUCUGAGUGGCUCAGCUCCCUGGAGCUCAACUUUUUUUCUUUCCUUGAGUCAUUUGCUGUGCUUCCCCGCAGUGUCCUGCUCUACUGGGGGUUGGGGGUGUAAGCUGCCGUUGGGGGCUUGGGAGGCUGAGGCUCACAGGUGUUCCGAGUGUGUUCAUGUGUGUGCGUGCGUGUACAUACGUGUGUAUAACCGAGGUGUUAUGUAGAAUGUCCUUCGGUAGCUCUGGGUUGGUCACCAGAUUGUUUUGUAAUGCCUACCCCCUUGCCUUGGUAUUGCCAGUUUCUCGUGCAAUAAACAAUCAGCAGCUGUA